GGCAUGGCAUGUGUUUUUGACAGAGUCAACUUUCUGUAAUGUUCCUAUUCUGUGGCGUUGCUACACAUGAGACAUUGUGGAGACUUAGCUAUAAAAAGAACUUUUAAUACACCCAAUGUAACACAAUUAACAUUAUGCUUUAAAAGUAUUUAUACAGAUUCGUACUCUUUUUGCCAUUCAGCGUAUUUGUCCUGCAGUUGACGAGCAGAGGGUUUUGUAGUUGAAAGAGCAGCUUGCAAAUCAUCAUUUGUAACAGGAUUCAACUGCAGUUGUGGUAGAGUGGCUGACCGUUCAUCUCCCACAUUCUCAAGCAUGUCAAACACUUUACGUAGCGGCCUCAUGGCUGCCUCUUUGCACAACAGUUUAAUAUCUGACCCAGAAUAACCAUCCAAUUUCUUAGCAAAAAGAUCAUAAUCAAUUUCGGUCUUAAUCUCUAACCCAUUAGAUGGUGAAUUAAUUGUCUGCGGUAAGUGACUGCUGAGCAUUUGCUUUCUUGCUUCUUCUGACGGUAGAUUAACGAGGAUUCGUUUCUCGAGCCGACGUAGCAUGGCAUGGUCGAGCUCCCAUGGCAAGUUUGAUGCGGCCAGUAGGAAGACAAGAUCAUUAGAUUUAGCCAAACCAUCCAUUUGUAUUAACAGCUCAGUUUUCAUUCUUCGACUGCCUUCAUGGUCGCCACUUGAACCAGCUCCUCGUUGGCUCAUUAGUGACUCUAACUCGUCAAGGAAAAUCGUAGAAGGUGCGUGAAAACGAGCCAGCUCAAACAAUACUCUAACCAACUUUUCUGAAUCGCCACGCCAUUUACUAACGAUGGUUGAAGCAGAUAUGUUGAAGAAGGUUGUGUUGCAUUCUGUUGCAACAGCUUUGGCAAGUAGCGUUUUACCCGUACCAGGUGGCCCGUACAACAAUAGUCCCUUCCAAGGAGAUAAAAUUCCAGUGAAAAGCUGUGGGUACUUUAUUGGAUACACAACAGCUUCCUUAACGAGUCGUUUAGCACUUUCGAGCCCAACGAUAUCAUGCCAAUAAACGUCAGGAUUGUCCAAAUAUAUAUCUCUGCUAACGACGGCAGCAAGCUCACGCCAUUCGCCAGUGAGGCCAGCGAAACCUGCUAAAGGUUUCAAUAAUUUUUCUGACGAUUCAUUGCUGCUUGUUAGAUAAUUACUUUUGAUUGCAUUCGACAACAUGGCUUUCAUAUCCACAAUAACAUUUUUUCCAUGUAUAUUCUUCACCGUUUGUACUGUAUCUUUACUUGCACCCUGAUUGGAUAAUGCAUUUCCUGCUAAGCUUAGAUCAUCUUGAUUAACGGUCGUUAGAGAUUUUGCCUUGGCAACCUUCGUUUUCGAAGAAACCUUUCGUUUACCAUCGCUUUGAGGUCUGUUUGGAGAUGUCUCGCUUUCAUUCUUGGACGUGUUUAUAUUGGGCAGAGAACAGGAAUUCUGACGAUUUCUUAAAUUACCCUUAAUUGACCUAUUUGGCUUGCCUUUCUCAGGAUUUUGUAAUUUUCUAAUAAUUUUUGGGUAUCGAUUAAAUUUAACAUUGUAAUAUGAUUCAUACUCCUGUAAUACCGUAGGUAGGUCAAUGUUAUCGCAAACAGAGUAUUUUUCCAAGCUAAGUCCUGACUCUGUUUCCAACGUAUUUACAGUGUCCAGGUAGCCUUCAUCACUGAGAUAGCCCAAAAUUAGGACUAGUAUUUCUCUCUUUCUGAAUUCGGUUUUCUGCUCAUCCGACUGUCUCGCUUCGUUCGCAGUUUUCAGCUGCAAGUAGCUUAGUUCUUGUGUCAUGAAUUCUUCGUGGAAAACCUUCACAAUAUACUAAGAAAAACUGACAAAAAUUACUUACAAAAUUCACAAAAAAAUUUGCAAAUGACAACAAAAGUAAACUUCGCGCCCUUGCGGGUCUUGACAACAGGUUGCCAACCGCCUGUUCGCAGGUCACUUCAGGAUAAAAACAAAAUGGCGGUGCCAAAUUCAACAGAAAAUACCCUUGAAAUCAAUUUAAACGAAGUUUUUGUGGGCAAACGUCGAUUGAGAUACAUCUAUCAGUACGAGCCAAAUAUUGUAAGUACAAUUUUGGACAAAAACAUGAAAUAUAUGCCCUUAUUUUUGGGCUGUGAUGUGCUAGAUGAGUGUAGUAUUAGUAGUGGAAAUUUGCCUCGUUUUCACGCCAAACAUGCAAGGCGGGGUUUGGCGACUAAGUUAAAUUUUCAGUCUGGGGUAAGAAUACUUGGGAUACAUGGUACAAACCGUGGUGUUUGGUUUUACAGUGUUCAAGGACUGUUUAAAAUAGCGUUUGAGCAUUACACUCGAGAAGAGCAGCAAGAUUGCCUUCUCAAACUUCGGGAUGUUUGGGAAAGACAGAUAUUGGAUCCAAUUUUAAUGUCUGAAAUUAAUGUGAUGUUUAAAAAUUGCAUUGUGGAAGCUUUAACUUCGGAGACUGGGGAAGAGAAAAUCACUUCUAGUACAGUUGAUGAAUUUGUUAAUCAUGUUAGUAGUGCAAUUGGUAGUUACAUAAUUUGCAAAGACAAUCCAAGCCUUCAGCAUGAAAUGGAACUGCUAAAAACAUAUUUAUCCUAUAUAAAUCACAAAGAAAACUUGGAUUCUUUUCUAAACAGAACCAUAAAUUUGGUUAAGAACUGUUUGCAGUGUCUUUCAACAUUUCCUGAAAAGGCAGAAUCUUUGGGGAGUCCUCCCUUGUCUGGUUCUUAUACAAGCUACCCAGAUGAUAACCUUACACAAAGUAGCAGAUUCCCCACAGAAUCACAAAGCAUGAAUUAUGCCAAUCGUCAAAACCUUGCUUGCAAAAAAUUUUCCAAGACUCAAAGCUUUUGCUACCAGGAAGCAGUGAUGCUGGAAAUCGCACAGUGGCUUGGAACAGAAUUUUUAAAAUAUCAGCCUGAUAUCAAUGAAAGGGUUACUUUGUUCAAACAGAGAAACAUGAGCAGCAUCAGAAACCUCCCGUCAGCGGAAAACCUUGUUAACGAAGUGUUUCCAUUAUCGAUGCUAGUUUUCUUAUGUUCCUGGUUGCAAGUGCCACUUUCCCAUAUUGAAAAUGAUGCUGAUACUGAGAAGUCAGAUGGCAGGUCGAAUUUAUUCCCAGUGAUCCAGUUGAUUUUAGAACUGGCCAAUGAAAGUCUUGUAUCUGGUGUAGCGCAUGUGUUGUUCUCACAGCUUGUGCAGUCGGACAGUGUACAAUAGUCUCCUAAAAACCAGUCGCAACAAUCGCUGAAACACUUCAACUUCGACACUUUCUUAACCUUGCUCGGCAGGCCUUAAAAUAUCUUUUCCAGGGCCGUCU